AUGUCCUUCCCAAACCCAACGCCCACGCUUUUAACACCACACCUCCCCCCCAAAACCUUCGUCGGGAUCGACCUAAUCACAUUCAAAUCGACACCCAACUUCCACGGCAUCCGCGGCAUCCCGCCGGGAUGGCAUUUUGUCUAUACAGGCACGACGGAGGGGUUGAGUUUGCGUGUCGGCGGCUGGUUUUUUGUCCCGGAACCUGAUAAUAGGAAUACUGGCAACAACAAUGCAGGGGAUAUACGGGUUUGGAAAUGGAACGAGUACACCGAGAGCCUGGAACAAUUAAGGCCCGAUGAAAGGGCAGAGGGGAUGCGAUAUAAAGCCAAUAUUGGCGGGUUAUGGAGUUCAGGAGGGCUAUUCGGGUACCGGAGCAGGGUUACUGCAGCGGCGGUUUUGAAGCGUGCUGGGGUUGCGGAGAAUAACGGCUUUGGGGAAGGGGAGCUUGAUGAGGAGGAGGAGGAAGGGAGGAGGGAAUGGGGUUCUUUGACGGGGUGGUUUUCGGAGAAUCUCCUGAGUAGGAUUACGGGGGAGCCUGGAGUUGAUUGGGAGGGGAGGAAGAGGUGGGUUGUUACGUCCGGGAGUACGGCGAGACAGGAUGAUGAUGAUAUUCCUGGUGUUGAGGGCGGAUUUAUGGGUACGAAGGAGCGAGAAAGCCCUGCGGAUAAUAGAGAGAGGGAGUUUUCGUUCGUCCCUGUUGAUCUGAAGAUGACGUGGAGAGAGGGCGCUAUAGGGCCUGAGCGGACGGAGGCAGCGCGCGAUCGAUCGUGGGCGUUGGGUGAGAUCGUCCACAGUAUCUCUUCCUCACAUUCGGACUCGGCUGAAGGGGAGGCCCAAGUCCUCGGAGAGCUCCAGUUCACAUUCCUAAUGGGUUUAACGCUGAUGAACUACUCAUGUCUUCAGCAGUGGAAGCGGCUGCUCGGGCUGAUCUUGACCUGUCGACGGGCGAUUGUUGACCGGGCUUCUUUCAUGGCGGAUGUUCUGCGCUUACUCCUGCUGCAGCUAAAGCGGUGCGAUGAUGUCGAGGGUGGGUUAUUUGACCAGCUGGGCGCCGAGGGAGGCACCGAGAGCGCCGAGUUUCUACGCAAGCUUCUCAGAGGAUUCAGAACGGCGUUAUAUGAAGUUCUUGAGGACGUUGAGGCGCCAUCGCCCGUAAGAACGGAAUUCGAGCGGCUAGAAGCCUGGGUUAAGAGCGAGUAUGAUUGGGAGCUGAAUCGCGAUGCGGUGCUUCGGAAAGGCAUGCUGCAGUUGGAAGAUGGGGAGGAGGUGGAGAUGGAGAUGAUUGACCACGAGGAGGAAGAGGAGUAUGCACCGGUAGUGGUGGAUUUGGACAGUUGA